GGGCGGGUAAACACAGAGGGGCAAGGGUGGGGGCGUGGCUUUUCUACGAAAGGGGCGGAGCAAGGUUAUACUACUGGGAGGAAAAGGCGCGGAAGGAGGUUUGAAGGGCGGGGCCUGAUGGAAGGAGGCGCGGCCCCUAGCGGAAGAGAGGAGGAGCCUAGGGUAGGGCAGGGGAAGGGGCUCCGGGGAAGCAUGGUUGAAGGUGCCUAGAAUAAGAGCGAGGAUCUCAGAGUGGGUUGGGGCGGAGCCAGGGGAGGCAUUCAGGAGAGGGUGUAAAGACUACCGCUCUGAGGUACGGUCGGAGCUGAGAUCCUCAGAGUGAGUGGGAUAGCGGGCAGGUGAAACUACUCAGAAAGUUUGAGACAAGGGGAGGGGCUCAGAUAUGAGUGGGGCUUAAGUUAAUUUAGAAUUAUGCAGCUAGUUAGGCGACGUCAAAGACCAAGAAGGUAGAGGCAGGGCCUAGAAAAAAUAAGAAAUUACAGGCUGGGGAGGGGGCGCGGCCCAGAAGGUAGACGUAACCUACCGAGAGGGGACCAGGCUCUCCAGAAUGUGGAGACUGGGACUGUAGGUAAGAGGAGCUAAAACUGCGGAAAUUAGUAGCGUCUGAGGCUGUGUGCUUGAAUGGAUGGGUAGGACCUGGAACAGACGCAACUGAAGUCCCGGGGCAAGACCCAGAAGUGCAGGCUUCGAACAGAAUAAAUAAAGGACUUAGAGCUUUUGAAACUGGGGGCGGGACCACUGAGGUAGGAGGAUCUUAGAGGGACCAAAGCUGGGACCCAAAGCUAAGAGUGUAGAGAACAUUUCUAGAGUUCGUUUUCCUGCCACAGUUUACUUCUUUUACGACUCAGUUUCCUUUUCGUUAAAUCAGAGAUUAUGUAAAUAGUGGUAGCACAUGGUAAGUGCUGUUUACUACUAUUAUUUUCCUGUGACCCAGAUCCCAAACAUCACUUUGAAGGUGCAAGAGAGAGCACACCCAGGAGUCCAGUCUCUUCUAGUAACUCGACUUGAGUGCAGGUCAAGGGCACAAGAAGGAGAUUUAGGUGGUUUAAAAUCUCAACGUGGAGGGGAUUAAUGGAGUGGGGGGGUGGGGUCCAGGUGCAGAGGGUGGAGGCUUCCUGAUCCCAGGGCUGAAGGAUGGCUGCCUUCGCCCGCCUGCUGGAGCGUCUCCUCUGGCCAGCCUCUAAAAAACAGGAGUCAGAAGAGGAAGAGGAAGAGGGGCACAGGACUCACCACGGGCCUCAGUCGCUCCUGGACGCGCCGCGAUGCGUCCAGCGGCCGCACGGGGGUGCGGCCGCGUCUUGCGGCCUGAGCUUCGGGGCGAGCGCUGUGCAAGGCUGGCGCGCGCACAUGGAGGAUGCGCACUGCGUUUGGCUCGCGCUGCCCGGGCUACCGCCAGGCUGGGCAUUCUUUGCGGUCCUCGACGGCCACGGCGGGGCGCGAGCUGCCCUCUUCGGCGCGCGCCACUUGCCGGACCACGUGCUCCAGGCACUGGGCCCGGCGCCUGGCGAACCCGAGGGAGUGCGCGGGGCGCUACGCCAAGCUUUCCUGAGCGCAGACGAACGGCUGCGUGCGCUCUGGCCUCGGGGCGAGCCGGGGGGCUCCACCGCCUUGGCGUUGCUCGUCUCCCCGCGUUUUCUGUACCUGGCGCACUGCGGUGACUCCCGAGCGAUGCUGAGUCGCGCCGGCGCCAUGGCCUUCAGCACCGAGGACCAUCGGCCCCUCCGGCCCCGAGAACGGGAACGCAUCCACAACGCGGGAGGCACCAUCUGCCGCCGGCGCCUAGAAGGCUCUCUGGCAGUAUCCCGAGCGCUGGGCGACUUUGCUUACAAAGAGGCUCCGGGAAGGCCCCCUGAGUUGCAGCUCGUUUCCGCGGAGCCUGAGGUGACCGCCCUGGCUCGCCAGGCUGAGGACGAGUUCGUGCUGUUGGCCUCUGACGGUGUGUGGGACGCGAUGUCUGGCGCUGCCCUGGCGGGACUGGUGGCGUCGCGCCUCUGCUUAGGCCUGGCCCCGGAGCUUCUCUGCGCGCAGCUAUUGGACACGUGUCUGUGCAAGGGCAGCCUGGACAACAUGACCUGCAUCCUGGUCUGCUUCCCUGGGGCCCCGAAGCCUUGUGAGGAGGCGAUCAGGAAGGAGCUGGCGCUGGAUGCAGCCCUGGGCCGCAGGGUCGCCGAGCUGUGUUCGUCUGCUCAGGAGCCCCCCAGCCUGAACACGGUUUUCUGGACUCUAGCCUCAGAGGACAUCCCAGACUUACCUCCUGGGGGAGGGCUGUACUGCAAGGCCACGGUCAUUGCUGAAGCUUAUUCUCGGCUCCGCCAAGCCUCAGGACGCCGCUGGCAGGCAGGAUCUCUGCAGGAGGUAGCAGAGAGUUGCAGCUCUAGCCUCCUAACAUCCCCAGCGAAGAGAGCUCACCAGAAGGGCCCACAUGGGGCAGGAAAGCCCACUGGCACACUUUCGGACUCUUCCUUGGACUCGGAGGCCUGACAGCUGUUGCCCUUUGGGGACCCUCCGCCCAGCCGGGGCCUCAAAGGAACUAAGGAAGAAAACUCUCCUUCCCCAGCUACACAGACCAGCGGAAGGAAGACAAACGGAGGGAGGAACCCCAGAAUGCUUAUUUCCCCUUCUCCUACUUCCCUCUUACAGAAAGUCUUAAGAGAGGGGAAAUUCCUACCACCCUCUGAACUGGGGAAAAAAAAAAAAAAAAGAAAGAAAAGAAAAGAAAAAGAAAGAAAAGGAGGAAAGAAAGGGGGAAAAAAAACCCACCCCAAAUCAAAUCAAGUGUUUUUGAAAUAUUUUGAGCUAAAUGGACCCUUACAUGAUCACCCAGUUCAAUAACCUUCUCUUCCUUCCAAUUUUUCAUGUUUUGGGAGGAGUUACAGAAGAGUAUUGAUUAUUAAAUUUUAAUGAUAUAGAACUCAAAAUAAAUUUCUCUUGUAGAAAACAAAAACAACCCAGACAUUGUCUAGUCAUUGGGCAGACGCGUACUGAGGCACCUGCUGUGUGCUGAGGGGGAGGGGCUGCUCUCAGCCAGGCAGAACCACUGAGAUCCCGCCCCUUCCCCUCCCACGGCGCGGGGUGGGGGAAAGGCCACCUCCUCCUUUGUUGGGAAACACUGAACAAGGUAACUGAUAGUAUCUCAGAUACUGAUAAGUGUCUCAAGGAUAAUAAAACAGGAGAGGAUGAUAAGAUGUCUAGGGGGGCUACUUUGUUGGUUUUGGUUUUUUGUUUUGUUUUGUUUUUUUGAUUGGGGGAAAAGUUCACCUGGUUCCAAUUUCAAAGAGUACAAAAUGGUGUACAAAAAUGAGAUGUCUUGGGGCGCCUGGGUGGCUCAGUGGGUUAAGCCGCUGCCUUCGGCUCAGGUCA